AUUACAAUUUAGAAUUUACUGGCCUGGGUUGGCUGGUUUAGGAUGAAAGAGCUCACGCUUGCAGAGACUUGCAUCUACUCGACGAUGUCAACAAGCUAUCGGCACCAUACGCAUUCAGCUGGCAUUCGUCCACAUGGAAGAAGAGGAUGCUAUGGUGCUGGACACUGAAACUCGAUUUCAAGUGUGCUACGAUGAAGGAACAAAAGUUGAAGGACUCUUGGCAAGCGAUUUAGAUGAAGCCGAAUGCUUGUCUAGUAGCGAGACAGAGACUGCCGAUGAAGACAGCAGCUGUCAUGCCAGGAGCACCCUGAUGUUUGUGCAGGAGCCAAAUUUGUCUGCUAACUGCUGUUUGGACCAAGAUAGCUCGUCCGAAAGUGAUUGCUCUGCCUUACCUGAGACAAGGUCCAUCCCCGACAAGCUGCGAAAGAAGAAAAGCAAACCCGUUCGCAUCCGGCAGCCACUUAAAACCGAAUUUGAGUGCAAAGUGUGUGGGGCGACCGGCGAAAUCAAGUACUUUAACUCAAACCGGAUCCUGCUGCGUCACCUGACAGCGGCGCACGGGAUCGACCUGGAACUGCAAGGGUCGCAAGCGUGCGUGUAUUGCGUGCGCAGCUACAAAACCAAGGCGUCGUACCUGAAGCACAUCAUCAAGGCGCACCCUCACCUCCAGGUGGAAAUGAAGGCCGAGCUGAUGGAUCGCAUUCAGCAAAACGUGGAGCGAUUGAUGGCCGACAAAGCCAGAAGAAUCCGCCUUGAACUUGGCCUGUCUGUCCGGGCAGAGCAGCACAGACCCCUUCCUUCAUUUGACACGCUCUUGCCACUCACACCGACUUACAAAAGGAUGUUAGCUGCCCAAGCAGAAGAACCGUCUAAGCACACUCACACACACCUCUUGGACACAGUUAGGCAGGACUGUGUAUCCACCACGUGGCAGUCCAACUCGCUCUGUCCUUCCUGAAUGAAGAUCGGCAUUGUCAAUUCUUCAACCUAAAUUAGGGAUAAGAUUAUUUAGCAAUAAAUAUGUUAACCUU